AUGAGUAUCUUCCUGAACGGAAGUCAUCUAUCGUCACCUGAAAAACCACAAUUCUCUUCAGCUGCUACUUUGACAUCCUCACCGGACACAGUCUCAAAUUUUUCAACGCAGAGUGCUUUCAAGACACGCCAAACAAGCGAUGAUCAACAAGAGAAAAAGAGUGCCUAUAGUAUCUCAAAUAUUCUUGACAAGAAAGAAAACAGUCCAACAGCAAGUAGCUCUUCCGCGGCCAGUGACGACGAUACUGGUUCUCCACGAUGUGGAUCGACUGAGGAGGAACACGGCUCGACAUCAACCUCAGAAGCUCCAGCAAGCUCGGUUUUCCCCCAUUUUCUCUUCCCCGGCACUGCGUUUCCAUCCCCGUCAACGCUCUCCGACGUCCCUUCGCCGAUGAUCAUGCAGAACUCUAUCGAUAUCUCUCCAGCACAACUUCAGCAAGCCUACCUCUCAUUCCUAGUUGGGCAACAACUGAACUCGGCCGCCGCCGCGGCGGCGGUAUCGAAUCCACUUCGCAUGCUGGCUCAAGACCAAGCACGAGCAGCAGCAGCACUGAAUCCCUUUGGAAUGCUACCUUUGCCAUCGCAAACAACGCUUCGAAUGCCCGUUGAGCUUUCAUCAAACCCACUUACACUGCACAAAAAACAAAGCAGGCCCACAUUUACUGGCCAUCAGAUAUUCAUGUUGGAGAAGAAAUUCGAACAAACAAAGUAUCUGGCGGGCUCGGAUCGUGCUCAACUAGCACAAGAACUGAGCAUGAGCGAAAGCCAGGUGAAGGUAUGGUUUCAAAAUCGCCGUACUAAAUGGCGCAAGAAGGAAGCCGCCGAUAAUGCAUUAGGAAAGCGACAAGAAGAUCUCAAGUCACCUGCCGAACAAAUCCAGUCACUACAAAAUAUCCCUUUCAUAACCUCACCCAACUGA